GUUUUUGUCACAUUUCGAAUUAGAACUCUUAACAAUGUAUUUCGUUACUCCCGGUCUCAUUUUUACGGUAAUAGCACUUUGGUUGUUGUGGUCAUUCUUAUGGAAAAACUUCUUUGCUACGAAAAUUAAAGGACCAUGGGCUUUCCCAAUCAUCGGAAGUGCCUACGUUUUCUUCGGCGGAACACACAAUAUUUUGGAAAAUACGAUACUAGUGGUUAAAAAAUAUCGCCCGUUGUGUAAGCUGUGGUUGGGCAACAAGUUGACGAUUUUCCCGUCGAAUCCUGACGAUAUUCAGACGAUACUAAACAAAUCUUUGGAGAAAGAGGAAGGUUAUAGGUAUAUCAAGACUGUUUUUGGACACGGCUUGUUUACUAGUCCUGUGAGUGAAUGGAAGGGACAUCGGAAAGUCAUUGUUUCGACUCUUAACCAACAAGUCUUGAACAGCUUCAUGGACACUUACAACAUCUACACUCGGGAACUAGUCGAAAAACUUAAAAUUGACACCAAGGAUGGAAAAUACAUCGAUAUGUUCCCCGUAAUGACACAGUGUACCUUGGAUAUUAUAUGCAGUUCCAUCAUGGGUACUCAGAUGAAUGCCAUGAAGGAGGAAAGUCAGUUUAUCAUGUGGAUGACAAGAGUUGCUGAACUUGCAAUUAUUCGCAUGUUUAACGUCUAUUUGUGGCCCGAACUUCUUUGGAAACUUAGCCCAAUUUCCAAAGAGUCCCACGAGCUUGACCAAAGAAUCUACAACUAUGUCAAAACUGUGAUACAUAAUAAGAGGCACAAAGGGCUUAAAUCACAUACUGGGAAAAAGAUUUUCUUGGAUUAUUUGGUUGAGUUGACAGACCGGGAGGGCCGGUGGAGUGACGAGGAGUUGACCAAUGAGACAAGGAGUGUGAUUAUGGCCGGAAGUGAUGCCACGGCUUUGACACUCUCGUAUUGUCUUGUGAUGCUGGCGAUGUUUCAAGAUAUACAAGAGAAGGUGUACGAGGAGUUGUGUUCAGUUUUUGGUGACAGUGACCGGUUUGUGACCGUUGACGAUUUGCCUCAUUUGCAGUACUUGGAUCGGUUUAUUAAAGAGACUUUGAGAGUUUUCCCAGUUACGUCGAUGAUUGGACGAGAGUUGACCUCAGAUAUGACUUUAGGCGAGCAUUUAUUACCCAAAGGCACCUCAAUUGGAUUACCCAUUUUGUACAUUCAUAGAAACCCUGAAUAUUACCCUGAUCCGCUCAAAUUUGACCCUGAUCGCUUUCUACCAGAAGAAGUUGCGAAAAGACACCCUUGUACUUUUAUUCCGUUCAGUUUUGGGCCGAGGAAUUGCAUUGGUUAUAGGUACGCGAUGAUGACCAUGAAAGUGGUUCUUGCGACUCUUCUUAGAAGUUUCAAAAUGGUAGACACUCCAUAUAAAGAAAUUUCCAAAUUAAAAAUUAAGUUUGAUAUUGCUACCAAAGUCGACGAGGGAUAUCCAGUGCGGAUGGAGCUUCGCAAAAAUAUAGUAGCACCCGGGACUAAAUAAUUUGUGGCUUGUAUAAACUUGAAAUGAUGACAAAUAAACUAUUUUGAGACUGCAA